AUGAGAGAAGACAGUGCUGACUGUGCUACGCAUUCCUUGCCCGAAGGGCUCGCAGUUAUUGCCGCUCCACUGCUGUACACCGGCAUGAAGGACACAGAGGACUUCGUCCAAGAAGCAAUCAAAUCUCAAAGAAAAAUGCGGUCAGAGAGGGAAGCGGCGAACAACUGUCACCCGAAGCAGGACUCCGUGGUCGGCUCCAGCUUGUUCAACCUCUUGUUGUUAGUGAUUGCCACAACAUCGUUGACGCUCUCGUCGCUGUUCAUGUUCGAGUCCAUACACGCUCCGACUCAUUAUCUUUCAGAGAGCUUUGUCGGCCUCGUGCUCAUGCCGUGCGUACUGGCCUCCCUGGAGAGCGCCACCGAUGCGCUUCGAUCGCGGCAAGGCAUGGUCUGGGUGGCGGAGGGGGCCUUUGGAGCUACCAUUCGCGUGUCUCUAUGUGUGCUUCCCGUCGCCGUACUACUGGGUUGGGCCGUGGGGAAGGAAAUGGACAUGGUCUUGGAUGGCUUUCAAGUGGCAAUACUGACACUGUCCGUUUUGAUGGUCAAUCAUGUGAUCAACAGUAUCUCCGUGCAUUGGCUGCAAGGAUCCAUGUUUCUUGCUUCCUUUCUAAUCUUCGCUGUUGCCGCGUUUUAUUACCCUAAUAAGGCGUAG